CAGCCCGCCCGCCUCUCCCGGGGAGCACGGGGCGUUAGCCGAGGAGGAAGCAUGCUGGCUGUCCGCUGCGCGCUGCUGGCCGCCCUGCUGUCCACACCGGGGGCGGCACUGACCCCAGGGGCCUGCCCCGCGCUGGAGGUGGCGAAUGAUGGGCUGACCAGCCUGCCAGGGGCUGGCGUUACCCUGACCUGCCCAGAAGUGGAGCCAGGAGACAAUGCCACCGUUCACUGGACAUUCAGGAGUCAGAUUGUGGGCUCACCUGAAGGCAGACAGGCCGGCGUGGGGAGGAGGCUGCUUCUGAAGUCGGUGCAGCUCAGUGACUCUGGAAACUAUUCCUGCUACCAGGAUGGCCGCCCAGCUGGGACUGUGCGCCUGCUGGUGGAGGCCCCUCCCGAGAAGCCCCAGAUCUCCUGCUUCCAGAAGAGCCCCAUCAGCAGUGUUCGGUGUGAAUGGAGUCCUCGCAGCGCUCCCUCCCCAACGACCAGAGCCGUGUUGUUGGUGAGGAAGUCUCAUAGAAGUCUGGUAAGAGACUUCCAGGAGCCAUGCCGGUAUUUCCAGGAAUCUCAAAAGUUCUCCUGCCAGUUGAAGGUUCCAGAAGGAGACAGCUCUCUGUACAUGGUGUCCCUGUGUGUUGCCAACAGUGUCGGCAGGAAUUCCAGUGGAACCCAAACAUUUGAGGGUUUAAAUAUCUUGCAGCCUGACCCACCUGUCAACAUCACGGUCACUGCCAUGGUCAGAAACCCCCACUGGCUCAGUGUCACCUGGCAAAACCCGCCCUCCUGGAACUCUAAUUACUACCGGCUACAGUUUGAGCUCCGAUACCGGGCGGAACGAUCGAAGACAUUCAGCACGGGGAUGGUCAAGGAGCACCAGAACCAGUGUGUCAUCCACGACGCCUGGCGCGGCAUGAGGCACGUGGUCCAGGUUCGGGCCCAGGAGGAGUUUAGGCACGGCUCGUGGAGUGAGUGGAGCCAGGAGGUCACGGGCACCCCUUGGACAGAUGCCGAGAGUCUUAAAGCUGACACCCAGGUGUCCCCCUCCACUCAGGCAUCAACUACCAAUGAUGAUAGUGGUGUUAACACUCCUCCUAUGUAUCCUCCAAGUGCAGCAAGCCUCCCAGUGCAAGAUUCUUCUUCAGUACCAUUGCCCACAUUCCUGGUGGCUGGAGGAAGCCUGGCCUUCGGAACGCUUCUCUGCAUUGGCAUUGUGAUGAGGUUCAAGAAGACGUGGAAGCUGCGAGCUCUGAAAGAAGGCAAGACGAGCCUGCAUCCGCCAUAUACUUUGGGUCAGUUGGGGCCAGAGAGACCCAAGCCCACCCCAGUCCUUGUUCCUCUCAUCUCGCCGCCGGUGUCCCCGAGCAGCCUUGGGUCUGACACCACGUCGGGCCACAGCCAACCAGAUGCCAAGGACCCACGGAGCCCUUAUGACAUCAGCAACAGAGACUAUUUCUUCCCCAGAUAAGCCAGCUGGGGUGGUGCCAGGAAAGUUGGAGUGUCAGACGUACUGAACUGUGUGGGUGAUGGAACAGAAGCUGGCUUAGCAAAAGGUGCUUCUUGCUGCCAUUCCAGCUUGUCUCAGUUCAUGAGGCAUCCAGCUUCAUUCACCCUUCCAGAGUACCUUCCAGAAGGUUCUAUACUGGGUGAAAAUACAUUUGCUGCAUCUGUUCUGAAGGAAGAGCUGGUUGAGUUUUCAUACCACUCUUCUCCAAAUGCCCUGCCUAAAGGAGUUAGUGUGAACUCAGGCCCACCCUGAGGAGAGAGGUGCCAAGACUCUACUGGACUGUCUAGUGUGGGCAGAGCCAGGGCCACUGGGGAGGCCUUGGAGCCCCUGGGCUUGGUAUGGAGAAGUUGCAGGCCACCCCAUCACAUCUCAUCUACAAGCUGCAUCCUCCCUUCCCCUCAGACAGGUGGAGUGGACUUCUAGCCAAAGACUCCACCAGUCGCCGGUAUCUCCUGGUCUGCUGCAUGGUUUUCAUAUCCUAGCUCAAACUCUUGAAACCCAAGUGUUUUCGCAAUUCAGUUUUUCUGGGCCUGAGGACGGCUUUCACUUAAACAACUGAGGCUGAGGGAAAGCUCUCUGGACUCCUGCUUUUCUUCCCCACACCUGAAAAACAGCUGCGGAGGUAGGGGGUAGUAUCUCAGGGCCUGAUGGUUUUAAAGAACCAAUGAUCUUUGGUUCUUUGUUAGCGUUUUGCAAAAUGUGAAUGAUACUCUAGGCACUUGCCGAAUACAGAAGCAGCUGUACUAGCUUGAUUUUCCUCUUUGGAUCCCAGGACUUCAGGACAGAAGCUGAGAGGAAGAAAGGAAUGGGGGACACAGUUGCUAUGCUCUCUUAUGGUAGCAGAGCUGAAGGGGAUGGCAACCUCUGAAAACCAAUGUCUCCCCACCCCACCAUGACCCACCUCCUCCUGCCAAGGAGAGUUGGCAUCAGGAAGGGCUUUUGCCCUUGGUGAGAUCAAAACCGUUCCACCCCAGCUUUGUUUCUUUUGUUUAAACUGAACCUGAGUAACUAGGGAAGAUAAUAUUUAUGUGAAACAGGGAUGUGAAAAGAAAGAACCCGGCAAGAAUAUAUUUUAAUUUGGUAAAACAAAACAAAACAAAAAUGCUGAUUAUUUUAUCUUGAGAGGAUGUAAGUUCCAGUAUUAGCCGAGUGUCAGUAUAUAAAUAACUUGGUGAAAAGCACAAUGACUUUGUUUAGCACAAAACUAAAUCAGGUGACAAAGGAGGAGAAGAAAAAAUAUUUUCCCUUAUUAGACAAGAGAUUGUGAUUGCAUUCCGUAUUCUGUUUUUGUUUCAAAAAGCAAAAAAAUAGUCUCCCUCUUCUCUAAUUUUAGGGGAAAAGCAGCCUGCUCCUACGUCCCGCAAGUGGUUAUGGAGGAAGUGGUGUCAGGCUCCCCGUAGCUGGGAAGAAAAUCUCCCACGAUUACUGGGAAGGGUCAGUAGGAAAUCCCCGCUUGCCAGUUUACUAAAAAAAAAAAAAAAAUUUUUUUUUUUUUUUUUUUACUAGUUGCUAUCAAAUUGAUCCUGACUCAUGGUGACCCCACGUGUGUCAGAGUAGAACUGUGCUGCACAGGGAUUUCAAGAGCUGAUUUUUUGGAAGUACAUCACCAGGCUUUUCUUCCUAGGUGCCUCUGGGUGGACUCAAACUGCCAACCUUUUGGUUAGCAUCCACGCGCAUUAACUGUUGGCACCACCCAGGGACUCUGUUACCAAAAAUAGGUAAAGACUCCAUUAACUUGGUGCCUUCUUCUUUUUCUUUCUUUCCUGGAAUUUGAUUCAGUUAUGCUAGUGUUGAAGCCCAAUCAAACGUCUGGCAGCGAUGCUACAACUAACCACUUCAGUUCGCGUUUUUCUUUGGGCUCUGAGAAUGCAGCGAUGUCAGUGGUAACCAAACAGGUACCCUCAAGUCACAUGGGGUAUCCCAAAGUGAAGCUAUGAUUAAAAUCAGUCAUGUAACCACGGACCAGAAAUUUACCAGACCACAAAAUUUUUCUAGUCAUCUAUCCUUUUAGAAAAACAACCGCCACCGCUAGACGGGUAGCAGAAGGACAAAAACAACAGUGUUUUUUGUUUUGUUUUGUUUUUUUACUGUUGGCCAGGUUCAAACUGUUACUAUCUUGGGUAAGUAGUGAUUUCCAUUGCUGGCUUUGUCUGUAAAUUUUAGAUCCUGUCGCUCCUUUAAGGAGCCCUGGUGGCACAGUGGUUAAGCGUUCAGGUGCUAAUUGAAAGGUUGGAGGUUCGAACCCCCCAGUUGUUCAUUGGGAGAAAGAUGUUGCAGUCUGCUUCUGUAAAGACUACAGCCUCGGAAGCCCAAUGGGCAGUUCUCCUCUGUCCUGUAAGGUCGUUAUGAGUCAGAAUCGAUUCGACCGCCAAUAACAGGUUGCUUCUUUAGACAACUAAUCUUAAGUUUCCAAAAGUUAGGCGGAAAAAACUAUAUAUUAACAAUUAAAUUUUUUUUUAAUAUAUAAAGUUUCUGGGACUCGAGAACAGCAAAAAAAAAAAAAAAAAAAUCCUGUUAAAAGGAAAUAUCUAGAAUUUGAAUCUGCAUGAGAAAGGGCGAUUUUGUGCCCACGGUUCUUUCUUUAUAAGGUUUUACCCUCAUGUAACAUUACCAAAGCCAGUGUCAGCUAGCAGGAGAUGUGAAAUCCAGAUAGCUCAUUGUCGCCGAGAGCUGGGCAGCUUUGAUCUCCAAAUUGUUAUUGCUUUCAUUAUUAUUGUAACGGAACAGCUUUUUUUGUUGUUGUUGUGUUUUGUUUUGAAGAGGGUUUUUUUCCCUUUAUUUUUUUAUAAGCUAGUGAAAAUGAAGGAAAAGUGUUAGUCUUGCUCAGUGUACACAGCUAUGUACCCCAAGCUUUCUCCGUCCUUGAACUUGUGGUGGCUACACGUGUGUUUUAAUCCGCAGGUCACUCUUACCUGUGUUUCUGCAGCAUACGUGCUGCCUUUUAUCCUUGGCAGUGAUGUUACUAACAUCUGUAGCAGGCUGCCACACAGCCAGAUGUGAAAUGUCAGGACAGAGACAAUUUGUAUUAAGCAUGACACCUUAACCUGCUGGGUGGGAAAAGUUUAAAGUGAUCGUUAAAGUUAAAAGUGGCUCCGGGUCUAAAUUAAAGUGAUCAUUAAUUCUUGUAGCAUUGACGAUAUUUUAAAAAUAUCUCAAGGAGGUAGCACUGAAUGUGUCUGCAAAGCCCUUGGUGGUUCUGAGAGCUCUUGGCUCUGAAGGGGCCUUGACCUUGAGGUUUGCUUGCGGGGCUCUGGCUCACACUGUGUCUUUGCUGUUUUCCUGCUGUCCCAUGGGAAAGGACACUCAUCACCUUGGUGAGGGGUGGAAUCUGCCCUCUGGCUGCUGGAACCAUGUUGGGACCCCAUUUGGUGGUGAACAGAGCAGAGUGGGGCAGAUUGAGAGGGGUCACUGUGUAUGGAUUUCCUGAAGAAUGUUCAAGAAUGUCUUGCCAGACCAUUUCAGAGUUGAGCUUCAUCAUCUCAUUGAGGGCCCUGCUGAAGGCUGAGCCAAUCAGGGAGGAUUCCAACACCCAACUCCAAUGUGUAGUUGAGAAAUUAUCCUAAUUUGGGGACACAAAGACAACCCAUUAUCCACUGGAGUGUGAGCAUUGCACCCAGCUUUCCCAAGCAGCUGUCAGCGGUGGGGUGACUGCUGGAAGGGGCCGGCCAGCUGGCUCAGGUUCUGUGCCAGAUGCCCCUGAGCGUCCCCUAAAGGUCCUUCCAUCACUGUAUCCUCUGCGUGGCCAGGUGCCAGCUCCAGGGAGUUUCUAUGGCAACCUUAAUGAUUAUUAGGGAACAUUGUCAGUUUUAUGAACAUAUGUGCAAACUAAGAUCUACUUUAGAAGGAAAGGAUUGAAACAGCCUGUAGCAAGGCUGUUAAUUAAUACAGAGACCUUAUUUGAAUGGAGAUCGCACAUCUGUUAAAUAGAAUACCUCAACUA